CGCUCCGUUCCGUUAAGAUGCUCACGGUGAUAAGUAACGGACAGUCGGAUCCUGUUCGUCAUUCCUUAGCGAGGACCGACGCUCACCGGACGUUGAUAGGACAGCGGGGUCUCUCUCUCUUUCAUAAACGCCGACGUCGUCUCUAAAUGCUCGCGCAGCUGUGAUAAAGCAAGACAAGAUGAUGCUCUCCCCGUGGGACCGCUGGGACUCUACAAGCUGCUGUCUGUGCUGCCAUGUCCGCACAGGAACCAUCAUCCUGGGGGUCUGGUACAUGCUCAUCAAUGCCGUGGUGUUACUCAUCCUGCUCACAGCACUCAGUGAUCCUGAGCAGUACCACCUGACCAGUGCUGAGUUGGCUAAUGACCUGGAUGUCAUGGAUGAUGCCAACAUGUGCAUUGCCUCAGCGAUCUCUCUGCUGAUGAUACUUAUAUGUGGGAUGGCAACAUAUGGUGCAUACAAGCUGCGUGCCGCCUGGAUCAUACCAUUUUUCUGCUACCAAAUAUUUGACUUUGCUCUCAACACCCUGGUUGCUGUCAGCAUUGUGGUUUACCCAAACACGAUACAGGAUUACCUGCAGCAGCUGCCUGAUAACUUCCCCUACAAAGAGGAGGUCGCUGCUCUCAGUAAUGUGUGCUUGGUCCUCAUCGUGCUGCUCUUCAUCAGCUGUAUUCUCGGCUUCAAGGCCUACCUGAUAGCUUGUGUGUGGAACUGCUACAGGUAUGUGAGCGGCCGGGGUACUUCUGAAAUCCUGCUCUAUGUCACGACCAAUGACACCACGGUGCUGCUACCUCCGUAUGAUGACAGUGUCAGCGUCCCUCCCAAGCAGGCUCCUCCACCUUACACCACAGCUACAGCAUGAAAACAUUCCCAGCAUCCUGCCGACUGGACCCUGCUGUUAAUAAAACCCCAGCAAAAUGUACGCACCACACUGCCUCUCCAGUGUACAGUAUAUUCAUGGAUAUAUUGUUGCUACACAUACAUUACAGAACACCAAUGAAAUAAUCUCACACACAUACAGUAUGCACAUGCACAAACCUCUACCAUCACCAUGACCCCUCAUCCCUUCCUGUUAUUUAUUGAUGAACUCAUAUUCUUACUGUAACUCUAAAUCUAGUAUAAUUCCAGGAAUGAUGUGCAUUUUUAUGCAUUUGAACCUGGGUGUAAAAAGGCACUAGAAAGUUUGAUAGAUGAUAGAUUCUAUAUAUUUUUAUUCAUUCUAUUUACAGUGAUGUAUCUGUAAUAGUAUUUUAUGUGUCCUACCUUUGACAGACAUAUUUAGCUAAUGCACCAGUGCAAAAAUGAUGAUCUUAUUGCCCACAGUAAUGAAUGAAGAGUCGUCACGUCUUUCCUGUCUGUCUUGUCUCUGCUCGUGAUCAGGGUUGGAUUGCCUUUAUUCAUAACUUUCUCUCUGAUGGGGUGCCCUUUCUAGAUCCAUGUGUGAAGUGUCACCUUGACUGGAAGUUUUCCCAAAGAAAUGCAUCUGCCUGUAUUCUGACAUGAUCAAAGAGCAACCUAGUGCAUAUCGAGCAUAUCACCUUGUUUUACUGUUUUAUUCAACUGCAGACAGAAUUAUCUUGUUAUUAUCUUAUAAAAAUCAGGAGUGUUGAGUUGUGCUGAUUGACCUUUGUAACUUUUAAAUGUAAUUGUGUAUUUCUACUGACUAUGAGAAAUGUUUUGGGCUGCUAUCUAUUUUGACAGCACAGAAGUAGCACUGAUCUGAGUCUUUAUGAAUGAGUUGCUCGAGGGAACCUGGUGCAAUGACUUUAGAUCGGGCCUCUCUCCUUUCAGGAGCUCAAUAAAUAUGGGCCCUGGUUGUGUUUUUUCAAUUAAGCCAAUGGGAGCUUCUGGUCUGCGUAAACACACAAGUCUGUUCCACCAGAUGCAGUUAUUGGCAAGCUGCUCCCUGGACACAAAAUGUCCUGCAAGGACACAAAAGUCAAACCUGAGGACUGCUGCUGUAUGAAAAAUAAAGAUGUGACAUUUAUUUGUCUAUUAAAAUCUAAUUUCACUGACA